AUGACUGUGGAGCGCGUAGAUACUUUCUACGACUUGGAUAGUAUCUACAGUACCAUCGAACGGAUGUUGAUGCUCAUUCGACAGCUUUCUGGAGUGUCUCGGUUAGGCGAAAAUGGUCGUUCACUGUCUUUCGAACUCCAGAGCAUAAAUGCUAUCGACGAACGCAAACAAUUGAUCGAAGAGCUCCGUUCAUUGGUACAGUAUCUGUUCACACAGUUUCGGAAGAUAUAUCUGGUCAAUAAGGACUUGUACGCACAGCUCAACAAACGAGGUGGUCGCGUGUUUGAGCUGGAUAAGCAAAUCGAAGCACAAGGUGAUAGCAUCUGUCUGUACUUUCUGGCAGAUGCGAUGAAAUAUGAGCCAGCUCUGUUAGCUAUGCAACGUGUGCUCGAUCGUACAAUGCGCGAAAUUCGCAUUUUUAGAAACCAGCGCAACCAACACAAGCUCGAAUUGUGUAUUGGGCACAUCCGAAGUGAAAACUAUAAUAAAGUGUACGAUGAGUACUGUUCGUUCGAAUGCGCCCUGCAACAGCUUCCAAUAAUUAUCGAAGCAGUAUUCGAUAGAGAUAUGAAAAAUCUUUUACAAAUUUUACUGUUUCUCAACGGAUACCGGAAACUCAACAAGGCAAACUCCUCAGAAACAUUUGCCAGUGGUUGUGAGAUCUUGGUGCAGAAUAUGAAACAAGCAAGCGAACUUUUAGAGCAUCCAUUGUGUUUACUAUUGUAUGGUUUCGUGGUUGAUGCGCUUCAGGAACGUCCAGAGAUGUCACUUGAUACAAAGCUGAAAGACGUCUUCCACGAGCGACUGGAGGGCGUUCGUUCGGAUCUGAUUGAUUGUAUUCAACGUACGGUUCGACUUAUUCAACAUAGCCCGCAGGUAACGAUUCCCCUGGCGAGACUGUUUCAUUACCUAGCUGAAGAAAUUUUGAUUGAGCUGCUGAAACGAGCCUACGAAGGCAAUGUUCGAAACCUGCGAAACAUUCUGGAUUUCGUCUCGCAUUUGUCACACAUUGACUACGACAUUACAAGUUAUCGUGUAUUGUACGCACAGAUGGAGCAUUACGAUCAUCUUUCCAAACCGGAAAUCUUUCAGCUUGCCUAUCGUAUUAAGCAAACAAUGCUAGAGGCAGGUUUCCCUAUGGCCGGUCUUCGUGGAGAGCUGGAACGCCUGAAAGUUAGUCUACCCACGGUCGUCAUAGCAAUUAUGUGGCACUCGGUUAAUAUCUCGCGGUAUGAUUCCCGAAUUCUUCUCAAGUUCAGCGCUAUCGGAAAGAACGUAGGGUUCUCGCGCUAUAUCGCCGAUAAGAAUCGAGUCGAGUUCGAACCAUUAGAGGAAGGUACCUGUUUUCGUAUUCGAGCGAUCGCCAGUAACGGAUAUCUUGGAGAGAGUGGAACAGGCCUGCCGAUUCUAGCACCCAAAUCCGAGAGCCUUUCCAAUGCAAAGUUUCGUUGGCUGCUAAUUCCCGUCGAAGGCUGCGAGUACUUCCGAGUGCAAAACUACGCCAGCGGAGCUGUACUUUAUUCGCAAAUACCAUGCGAUGAGUCGGAAUAUGAUUUCUACAACAAACAGGAGGUACUACAGUUGAUCGGUAGCGAACGUGCGCUCACAGCUCAAAACAGCAACUGGAAAAUCGUUGAGCAUUCACGAGGAUCUCGCGGCAGUAGUAACAGUAGCAGCGGCGGAGGUAGUGGUGUUGGCGAAGCGGAGUGCUGCAUUCUAUAG